AUGGCGGAACAGCACCCUCCCAACAGCCUCCGUCAGACUAGUCGGUUCAUUACAGGCCACACCGCCAAUGGCCUUGCAGUCUUCAACAAGGACAUCCCCGAAACAAUUCCUGCCCAGAAUAUACCUACUGGCGAUGCUUUGUACCUCGGAUAUGCUACGAACCAGUUCCCGAUCGACUUGAGCAAAGACUUGGGAACCUAUCAGCACUAUCUGACCAACACUCCAGGAUUUACCAUACCCGGCGGCACUGUGCUGUGUCUGAUAGACUUGGCUCCCGCAAGCAUUAGCCCCUUGCACCGGACCAUGUCGCUCGACUAUGCUGUGGUGAUAGAGGGAACCGUGGAGCUAAAGUUGGACAGCGACGAAGUGAAGACGCUGCAGCGGGGCGAUAUCGCCAUCCAGCGCGGGACGAAGCAUCUGUGGCGAAACACUAGCAAGACAGAGUGGGCACGUGUCCUCUUCGUGCUACAGGAGUCGAAGCCGGUUGAGAUUGACGGUGAGACACUGAAAGAAGACUUGGGGUUUUAG